AUGUUGUCCUAUAUUGAAGCAAAAGGAUUUAUGGUACUCUCAAUUUUAUAAUACUUAACAAGAACUCAUUAAUUUCUUUUUAGAAAAUCGAUCAAAUCUUGGAUGAAAAAGCUUGUAUCACCUACAAAUUUUAUAUAACCCGUGAUUCAAUGCAAAAAUGUCUUCGCCAUCGGUAAAUUUUAAAUUUCCUUGUAAAUUGGUAGUUGCAAAGUGUUUUCAAACUUAUCUCAACCGCCUCAUGUUAAUUAGUUUUCAGUUGCAACGACGAUGUCAUUUUGAACGAGUUCAACUGCGAAUUAUGGUCUAAAAUUAAGGAAGACGUUAGAAAGCCAAAGGUAUUCUUUCUUUUAUCAUUUAUUUUUCCCAAUUUCCAGUGGAAAAAAUAGACUUUGAUGAUUACAUCAUUCAGAAAUGGCCUUCUCAACUAACGCGUCACGUGAGAAACCACGUGUCAACUGCCAAAAACACUCCGGGAAAGAGCGAGGGCGAGUAUAAGGAAUCUGUGAGUCAAAACUCAAAUUUUUUGUCUAACAGACUUCAUAUUUCCAUUCCAGCUUCUUGAAAAAUAUUCCAUCAAGCCAGAUACCUGCACAACAUACUCGAAAAUUCGUACAGCCACCGGUAACAUUGAGUGUUGGAGGAAAAAGUGAGGAAAUGUUGUUUUCUUCUGUUUCUGUUUUUAUUUAUACAUACACCACUAUUUAAACGAAUUUUUUCAGUUGCAAUGAUGAAUUUUCCGUUCGGGUACAAUGCAAACUCUUUGAUGGUGUCAAUUCUUCCAACCGUGAUAUCCUCUACAAAAAACGUCGUCAUCACGGAAAAGCCUAA